AUGCAUAUUCUCGUCACCAACGAUGAUGGCCCUCCAUCGCCAGAUUCCUCACCAUAUGUUCGCUGUCUUAUAAAGCAACUCCAGGAUGCCGGCCACACUGUCUCGGUUUGCCUGCCACACACCCAGCGAUCUUGGAUUGGAAAAGCCCACAUGAUUGGCCAGACUCUCAAGCCAACCUACUACCGUCCUUCAAAAGAGCUGCACGGCGAGGAGGCUCUGGGAAGCACUCACCCUCGCCCGUCCGCCUCCGGAGAUGUCGAAGAGUGGGUUCUGAUUGAUGGCACGCCUGCAUCAUGUGUUCAGAUUGGGCUUCACCACUUCUUUCAAGACCGGGGGCCGAUCGAUCUGGUCGUGAGCGGUCCCAACUAUGGCAGAAACACAACUGCUGUAUUUGCACUGAGCUCGGGAACUAUGGGCGCUGCCCUCGAGGCUGCUGUUUGCCGGCACAAGGCCAUUGCCCUGAGUUUCGCCUUCUUCAGCCGAAACCAUGAUCCCGUCAUCAUCGAAUCGGCGUGCCGCCGGAGUGUAAAGGUUGUCGAGGCUCUAUACAAGCAAUGGCCCACCGACAACAGUGCGGAUCUUUACAGCGUAAAUGUACCCCUCAUUGAGGGUGUUGAGAACAACAAGGUAUUAUUUACCGACAUUCUACAGAAUUACUGGCAAGGCGGGGGUUGCUUCCAGGAAAUUGAAGCCGACGCUUGUGAUGAAAAUGAGGAGGAGAAGCAGAUCCGAGAGGGAUCAUUAGGAGAAGUUACCGGUGAAGAACCCCCUUCUUCCGCGAAGAAAGGACAUAAGCAUAAACAUUUCAAGUGGGCACCCAAGUUUGCCGGUGUCUACAAGAGUGUUGAAGAGGCCCCCCCUGGGAAUGAUGGCUGGGCUGUCAAAGAAGGGUAUACAAGUGUUACUCCAAUGAAAGCCAACUUUGCCUUCACCCAGGCCGCUUCGGGGCAGAAGGAACUUCAGUUGCAACAAACAAUGGCAGUACAAACUUUGCCAAUCAGAGUGAAAGAACCUCGGCACAGCCAGCAGGGCCAGACUUUCCAGGCCAUCGUGUCAUAUGAAGAUCCCUAUGUACAGCCCCUGAUUCUUGCUGCUCUGACUUCAGUAUUUCCCAAAGGCCUGGUUGAUGUGAUUGUAGACGUGCCCAACUCGCAAGAUUCAACCUGGCUCAACCAGCUACUUGCGAGACCCGACGCAAGGGCCCUAUCCAUCACCUCCUACGAGCAAAUCGACUUCGAGUUUGCAGCGUCACAUCCCCGGUCAUGCCUAAUCAACAGUUACAUGAUUCGGAAGGCCUUGAUACGGAAGCAUUACCUUUCUACGACUGUAGAUCACUGGGUUGCGAAGCGCCCUGAAUCGAUUCUGAAGACGCACGUUAGGCGAAGCGAGGCGUUCGAGGUGGAUUUCGCCGAGUUCUUGGACGAUGCCCUGAUAGAGGCCUUUGAUCUUCGGGAAAGCCUCGAUCAAAACGAGUCACUCGAGGAGGCCAGCCAGAGACAAUGGUGGAUCCUCAAGCCUGGCAUGAGUGACCGGGGACAGGGUAUACGCCUAUUCAGCACUAUGGAGGAACUUCAGGCCAUCUUUGACGAGUGGGAAGAGGGGGAGCCAGACAGUGAUGACGAGGGCGGUGGGGAAGAGGACACCGGCGACGGUAUCACGACAUCCCAUCUUCGUCACUUCGUGGCGCAGCCAUACAUCCACCCACCACUUCUGCUAAACGGGGACGACCGGAAAUUCCACAUCCGAACGUACGUUGCCUGCAGCGGUAGUCUCAAUGUCUUUGUCUACAGGCACAUGCUGGCUCUCUUCGCGGCAAAGCCCUACAGCAGUCCGUGGGACAGCCCGGGUGACAUCGAGUCGUUCUUGACCAACACCUGCAUACAGUCGUCACCCAACGAGAACACUGUGCGGCGUUUCUGGGACUUGCCACUUCCCUCUGCGAAGCUAGACUCCAUCUUCUCCGACAUCUGCCAGGUGACGGGUGAGAUCUUCGAGGGCGCAGCACGCGCUAUGCCGAUUCAUUUUCAAACUCUGCCCAACGCAUUUGAGGUGUACGGGUUGGACUUCUUGGUGGACGCAGAAGGCACUCCGUUUUUGCUCGAGGUCAAUGCGUUCCCCGACUUCAAGCAGACCGGGGCAGAUUUACAAGAGAUUGUCCAGGGCUUCUGGGAGGGGGUUUUGAGGUCUGCUGUUGCCCCCUUUUUCAACGUUGAGUCCGAGUUGUUAGGGGGGGCUGCAGUUGAUAGUGGAAUGGUCCUGGUGAGGAAGGUUGAUCUUGGGAGGGGUUGA